CCAGAGGCUUUGGACAACACUGCACUUUGGUUACCGACCUGUUUCAUUGUCAAUGGAUGCUUACUGAAGCUGUUUAUUUAACAUUUGGCUUUUGAGGCCUGUGCUGUUGUAGUGUAAGUAAAGCAGGACAUAUUCCUGGGUUGAAUUUUUUUUUCUGUAAAUCAAGAGUUUUUGCCCCGUUCCUGAUUGAGUCAAACUGAGAGGGAUGUAUAAAAAAAACAAAAAACAGCACAAUGCAGAUGGAGAAUACAGUUAGUCAGCUAUAAAUCCUCGAUAUCUGAAAUGAUGGAAAUACAUGUCAAUCCAUAUGAUAGUUUGCACUUGAACCAUUUUUGAGUUACUUCUUUUAAUGGAAUGGUUUAAACAGCCUCUAAUGGGAACAAAACAGCAACAUUUCUAAACCUCAAAGGUUACUCUCUUCAUCCGUAAUAUAAUUCUGUAUCCUUUAUUUCAGUAUCACUGAUGCGUCAACAUUUUGACUUUGUGUCUCCAGGAAGGAAUUCAUUGAUGGCUGCAGGGCCGUCAAAGCAGACAGCCUGGAAGGCAUCUGCUCACGUUUCCCCUGCAUGCUGUUGGAUGCCCAGGGUGAGGAAAACUUCAAGGACCUCUACCGCUUCACCUUCCAGUUCGGCCUGGACGCCGAUGAGGGACAACGGUCGCUGCAGCGCGACAUUGCGAUUGCCCUGUGGCGCCUAGUUUUCACCCAGGACACACCUGCGAUCCUGGAGCGCUGGCUGGACUUCCUGGCAGAGAACCCCUCAGGUAUUCGGGGCAUCUCGAGGGACACGUGGAACAUGUUCCUCAAUUUCACCCAGGCCAUCGGGCCCGAUCUGAGCAACUACAGCGAGGACGAGGCCUGGCCCAGCCUCUUUGACACGUUCGUGGAAUGGGAGCUGGAGCGCAGGAAAAAAGAGGAGGAACAGGCACUGAAGGCGAGAGAGGACGAGGGGAGGUGUACUGAGACAGAGUGUUCCCCCACCACAGACAGACAUGAAACAGAGGGAAGCCGCGGCUCACAGACGUGGGGAGGCCACUGACCAGGAAACAUUCAAUAUUUUUAAGGGAGGGAAGGAUGUGACCUACCUGUGAACUGUGCAUCUGUGAAUCAUUGGAUGAAUAUUAGUAUUACAAGGACAGCUGUUCAUUUGGCUCUCCUUUUCUGUCGGGUGGGAUUCCUGCUUGCAACCUUGUUUUUUUGGUUUUUGAAAGGGCUCUAAGAACUGUUAUGUUUUAAGCACUUCUAUUUAAGUUAUUGUUUUACUUUUUCUCCUCCCAUGAGUGUUUUUAGUAACUGGACAUGUGGUCCAUUUUAACAUAUACCUACCUACCAUAACCCAGCAGUUAGCUCAUUAAAGGCUUGGUUUCAAUACAGGUGUCAAAAAGCCAUAAACUUCCCCACAUUUAUCACAUAGACAGUUAAUUUUGAAUAAGUAACACUGCUUAUAUUUUUUGUGCAAGGAACUAGUUGAUAAUAAAUAAGAAGGUAAAUUUGGCAGACCUGUGGACAAAUAAUUAUGCAUCUACAAAAUACGAGAUUCGUGUGUCAUGGUCAUGGAACUCGACUUGAUUUAGCUAAUGCCGAUGGAUUGUAUGUUUUUAUCUUGCAGUGCUGUGAAUAUUAAUUGAUUGCACAUACAGUAUAUUGCCUUUACAACUGUUGGGCUGCAAUAUUGCAGUAAUGGAUUACAGUUCUGUCAUUAGGGCAUUCCAUUUUUAAUUUACUACAAAUUGUAAUUUGCAUUAAAAAAACAUUGGUUUCCACAGACCCACACUCUUCUGCGUUGAGUAUUUGAGUGCUGCUCGUGCAGUUAGCACUUUAGCAUGUUUAAGCAGCUGUUUGUGCUCCUUUGACCUUUAGCAUAAACCAUCUUAAUGUCCACUUAUUUUCAAGAAGCGGUUAAGUGUUGACGACACAAUGAUGCUGGCUUUUCUCUUGGAUUCCUUAUUUGAGGAAAUCUGGUACACAACAAUUUGGCUGAACUAGGUCUUGGUGCAUUAAUUUAUCACCAUUAACAGUGGGCCACCUCACAAUGCUUUCAUUGUUUACCUUCAUGCCUUCAAGAUAGUCACAUCCCUGAACUACCAUAUUAACAGAAACAAUCUCUGCAUACUCCACAAAUAAUGUUGACUGCUGCUGGUGAUGGUUGUAAUGGAGUACACAAAAAACCAAUGGCAUGCUUUGUGGCUAUACAUGCAAUGUUUUGCAGAGAGAUUGAUGUCAACCACAUUAUUUCCAUUUUAAACCUUUUCAAACUGUAGGUGGAACUCACAGUAUAGCCCAGGGUGUUUUGAAAUGAGUGAAUGAGUAUUAACUAGACAUGCUGGCUAAUCAAGAGUCUGCAAUAUGGGUCCAGUGUGGAAAGAAGGGUGGCCAUAACCUGCUCUGUUUGGUUUACAUCUAAAAUGGUUUUGUUUCAGACCUCUUUGUCCUUUUUAUAUAAAAUGUAUUGAUUUAUAAUAAAUAAAAACAGUGUUGAACUUUU